AAAUUAACCCCAAAAAUAGCUGCUCCAAUGCUUUUGAUAUAUGCCAAAUUUAAUUUUAGGAUAUAUAUAUAUAUAUAUAUAUGUGACAUAAGAUCAUGUGUAAGAUAUAAUAAACAAGAAGGAGACCGAAGGAGAAGCAGUAAGCUGAGAGGCACAUAGCAAUGGGUUCACUAAUGGCUGGUUGGAACUCUCCCACCUUAGAUCCCAAAACAGUUCGUUUGGAGAGGAACAAGUCAUUAACCAAAGAAAAGAUUUCAGCAUUCUGGAAAACUCACAAGGACAUCUCAAAACAUGAUCAUCCUCACCAUCCUGAUCAGGAAGCAAGCAUAGUUGAGAAGGUUCCAUCUUGUCCGAAUUCACCUCGGUUCAUACUCCAUGGUGCUGAGUACACGGUCGAUGUCGAAAAAGCUUGCAAAUCUAAUGAUUGGUGGACGAGAAGCAGUUGGGCAUUUCUGAAUGAGCCAGCAGAGGAGGAGGACGAAUAUGACUCCCGCAAAUCUUCCUUCAAUUACACCCCCCAGUUUCACCUCCCUCAACUACUUUCUCCCAACAAAUAAUCCAUACCAUACUCCCCCACACUUCAUAGUUAUAUAUGUACGUAUGUGUUAUGUAUAUAUAUAUAUAUAUAUAUAUAUAUUUGUACUAAUGUAUGACAUAGACUUUAGUUUUGCAUGGCAUAUGAAUUGCCGACGAGUUAUUCUUGAA